AUGAACGACAUCCACCGUAGAUUACAUGUACCCUUAAGGAUUGCUCAACCAUUACUUAUUGGGAUGGAAUAUCAUAUUCACUUUGUUACUUCAUGGUUGAAAGAUGGGUCCUCACAUACUGCAGACAUACUCACUACUUUGGGUAUGGGUGGGAUCGGGAAGACAUCUUUAGCCAAACAUGUCUAUGGGUUGUAUUCUCAUGAAUUCCACAUAAGUAGCUUUAUUGAAGAUAUCACAAGGAAAUGUGAUGGAAAGUUUAAUGGGUUACUUGAUUUACAAGAACAACUUUGCAAUGACAUUUCAAAAACAAGUUCAAUUAGAUUUCAUGAUGUGGGAAUAUACACCACAAAGAUAGAGAAUGCACUAGCCCGUAAAAGGGUUUUUCUAGUCCUUGAUGAUAUAACCACUAUUGAUCAGUUGGAUGCAUUACUUGGAAGCAAAGGUUUUCAUCCUGGAAGCAAAAUUAUAAUAACAACAAGGGACAGAUGGUUGACCGAGAGUUGUGCACUAUUCAAAACAAACAAUAAACCCAAGCAUGAAAGACAUUUGCUUCUUGGCUUAGAUGAGAUCCAAUCACUACAACUUUUGAGUUUUCAUGCAUUCAUGUGCAACUAUCCCAAGGAAGGUUAUGAAGAGGUGUCAUAUAAGCUUGUGAAAUAUUGUCAAGGAAAUCCAUUGGCUCUUGUAGUUUUGGGAAAGUCUCUAUGUAAUCGAGAUGUAGCUUACUGGGAAGGGUGCAUAGAAGGGUUAAAUAAAGAAACAAGUUCCCAUAUAAAUAAUGUCUUGAGAAUGAGCUUUGAUUCUUUGCCAUCCAACAAUGAUAAGGAAUUGUUUAAGCAUAUUGCUUGCUUUUUUGUUGGAAUAGAUAGAGAUGUUAGUGAAACAAUAUUAAAGGCAUGUGAUAUAAUCACAAGAUCUGGAAUCACGAAUCUCAUUGACAGAUAUCUUCUUAGUAUAGGAUCGAAUAAUGAAUUAAAGAUGCAUCAGUUGGUUCAAGAGAUGGGAAGAUUGGAAGUACAUCAAGAAUCACUUGACAAGCCAUGGAAGCGAAGUCGAAUAUGGUGUCAUAAGGAGUCAUUCAGAGUGUUGAAACAAAAAAAGGGUAAGGGAAACGUUUUAGGCCUUUCCCUUGACAUGCGCAUGCUUGAGAAAGAGAAGUCUGAAGCAUCAUUUGAGCUAAAAACAGAUGCAUUGAGUAACAUGGAUAGUCUAAUGCUACUACAAAUCAAUUAUGUGCACAUGGAGGGGUCUUACGAGAACUUUCCGGGUGAAUUAAGAGGCUUGCGUAUGCAUGGGUUCCGUUUAAAGUCUAUACCUUUAGACUUACCAAUGAUGAAUCUGGUUGCUCUUGACAUGUCAUAUAGCUAUAUUGAAUCAUUUGUUGGUUGUUAUAGUAAUAUACAACGACUUGAGAAGAGACAAAAGUUUGAUGCAUUGUACUUAAAAGACAAAAAGUUGUUUAGAUCAUUGAAGAUUCUUAAUUUAAGUUUCUGUAAACAACUUCGUAGUCUUGGUGACUUUGACCAACUCCCUGCACUCGAGAGGUUAAUAGUUAGAAAUUGUGUUGGUUUGGUUGAGGUUGGUGAAUCAAUUGAGCAAUGUAUUGAACUUGUCUUCAUUGAUAUGAGCUAUUGCAAGAAGCUUGAAAAACUUCCUAGAAACAUAGGCAUGUUGAAGAAUGUUAAAACACUGUUGCUCGAUGGUUGUAAGCUUAGCGAUUCUCAAAUCGAGGAUAUGGAUAUGGUCAUAAACAUAAGAACCUCCUCCUCCGUCUUUAUGGGUGCUAUACCAAGUGAUUUGAAGUUGUUUACAGUUUCUUUACCGAGAAAUGUCCCCACUAGAGUUAUCAUCAAACGGUGGAUAGAUUUCACACCUGGGUCCUGUGAAAUUGAAGGAAUGAUCAAAAUCCAAGCAAUGGUGGGUGUUAAGGACAAGGUAUUACGUAGUUUGGGUUGGAUCAAUGUAGACUUCCUUAACAAAGGAUACGUGGGACCUAAUCCUUGGGAAUCUAAAAUCCAGUCAAUGUUUUAUGAAUUUGGAAUAUUCAGCACAAAGUAUGAAGCAGAGGAGAUUCCGAGUUGGUUUAAGUAUAGAAGCUUGGGGCCAUCAAUAUCAUUUACCAUCCCAUCAUCAUCUCCAAACAACCUUACUGGACUCAACUUCUGCUCUCUGCACACAUUGAAACCUCCCGAUGAGUGGUUAUUAUUUCCACAUGAUCAGUUUCCUAGUACACCAAUGACGACAAUUAGUAAUAUAACAAAGAACUGCACGUGGAUAUACGAACGUCACACGGAUAGAGUUAUUGAAUAUGGAAAGUGUUGGUUGGUGUUAAGUCAUUGGAUGUUUGGGAUGAAUGAAAUGGAGGUUGGUGACCAUGUUACUAUUACUGUUACAUCACCAUAUAAUGAAUUUGUAAAGGAUUGUGGGGUGAGUCUUGUGUAUGAUGAAGUAAAGAACAAGGAUGAAGAAGAAGAUGCAUUGGGUUAUUACAAGUCAUGGAAUCACAUAAUUGGUGGAGAUCUCUCUCCUUUUCAAACAACAACAGGACAAUACAUCCUAAACAACAUGCGGUUUUUUGAGUCUGCCAUUAUGUUGUUUCCGUAUCAUGCUAAAUUAAUUCCAGACGGCCCCAGAUAUCAAGGACAAAAGGAAGUGUCCUGGUUUAGAGCUUUUUCUCAAAGGAAUACUGGCAUAAUUGGGAGCACACGUGUGGGUAAAGGGAAAUCUUCAAGGUUUUAUCCUUCACGUGAAUCUACUUGAGAAAGAGAGGCUAGAUGUAACCGAACUACUCUAAAUCAAUCACUUGAAACUGGACGAGUUAUAUCCUAAUUUUCUAGAAGAAUUAAGAUUAUUUGCUCCUUGUAGCCUUUGGUGCCCAUUUAUGUUUUGGUUUUUGUAUUCUUUUUUUAGUCUUUAAUUGCAAAAGACAGGUGAAAACAAUAUGAAUGAUUUUUUAUUUCAGUUAAUACGCAUGUAAGGAAUAUGAUGUAAGUCGACAUGUUGUUUUGAUUACUUUAUAUAUUCUAUUCGAUAUUUUGUUGAUUUUGUUUAUGUUAUU